UAUAAAACUGUGGAUGAGCAGCUCUCUUCACUCUUUGGGUCACUGAAGGGGUGCGCUGUUACAAAGUGCUUCUUGCUGCAACUGAAACGGGAUAGAAGAGAUGGCACCGACCAAGAAGGGUAUCCUUGAACGCCUGAGUGCCGGCGAAGUUGUGAUUGGUGAUGGAGGCUUUGUGUUCGCUCUGGAGAAGAGAGGCUACGUGAAGGCAGGACCGUGGACUCCCGAGGCUGCAGUCACACAUCCUGAGGCUGUGCGACAGCUGCACAGGGAGUUCCUGAGAGCUGGAGCUAAUGUCAUGCAGACUUUUACAUUCUACGCCAGUGAUGACAAGCUGGAAAACAGGGGUCAGUCACUGAAAAUUACUGGAAGUAAGAUCAAUGAGGCCGCCUGUGAUCUGGCCCGUGAGGUCGCCAAUGAGGGCGACGCUCUGGUCGCUGGAGGAGUGUCCCAGACUCCAUCCUACCUGAGCUGCAAGAGCGAGACAGAGGUGAAGGCCAUCUUCAAGAAGCAGCUGGACGUGUUCAUCAAGAAGAACGUGGAUUUCAUGAUUGCUGAGUACUUUGAGCAUGUUGAGGAGGCCGAGUGGGCCGUGCAGGUCCUGAAGACCAGUGGGAAGCCUGUCGCAGCCUCCAUGUGCAUUGGGCCAGAGGGAGACAUGCACGGCAUCUCACCUCAAGAGUGUGCGGUCAGGCUGGUGAAGGCUGGUGCCCAGAUUGUGGGAGUGAACUGCCACUUUGACCCAAUGACCUGCGUCAAAGCUGUGAAGAUGAUGAAGGAAGGAGUGGAGAAGGCCGGGCUGAAGGCUCACUACAUGGUGCAGCCUCUGGCGUACCACACUCCUGACUGCAACUGUCAGGGAUUCAUCGACCUGCCAGAGUUCCCCUUUGCUCUGGAACCCAGGAUCCUGACCCGCUGGGACAUGCACAAGUAUGCCAGGGAGGCCUACAAAGUUGGCAUUCGGUUCAUUGGCGGCUGCUGUGGGUUUGAGCCUUAUCACAUCAGGGCUGUGGCUGAGGAGCUGGCCCCUGAGAGGGGAAUCAUGCCCCCUGGGUCAGAGAAACAUGGAAUGUGGGGUAUUGGUCUGGAGAUGCACACCAAGCCUUGGGUCAGAGCCAGAGCUCGUCGUGAUUACUGGGAGAACAUCAGGCCAGCAUCUGGCCGUCCAGACUGUCCUUCCCUGUCCAAACCAGAGGGCUGGGGUGUCACUAAGGGCCACGCAGAUCUGCUGCAGCACAAAGAAGCCACCACCACACAGGAGAUGAAGCACGUGCUGGACAUGCAGAAGAAAGCCAAGACCGCUGCAUGAGCACGAGAAAGCAAGAAAACGAACCCACCUGCACCUUCGGCAAGAGAGGGAUGCGGUGGUGAAGCACUAUCCCAGUUCAGUUUGGAGUUAAAAAGUACUUGUAACAGCAAUGCUCUAAUUUGUGGAGUAUUUGAAAGCAAACCCCAAAACAAUAAAACCUGAAUUUGU